ACCCAUUGUUAUGUUUAUGUUUAUGUUUAUGUUUAUGUUUAUGUUACACACUCUCUCUCUCCCUUACAAAAGAAAAGAAAUAUCUAAAAGCCCCUCCACCACCACACCCCACCACCACCACCACCACCUCCACCACCGAGCAUCAUCGGCCCAAGAAUCUCCCCGACAGCACCACCAACUGAAGUGAACCGUAGCAACCUCAGCUCAGGCGACGCGACCUCGGGACGACAGCUCGCCCCUCGACGUAGUCGCAGCUCCUCCCCUUGCCACAAACCCUAUAUUGGAUCGAAACAGCAGUAGCAGCGAGAUGUCCCUCGAAGAUUCCCUUAGAUCCCUGUCGUUGGACUACCUCAACCUCCUCAUCAACGGCCAGGCCUUCAGCGAUGUCACCUUCAGCGUCGAGGGUCGCCUUGUCCAUGCUCACCGCUGCAUACUCGCCGCCCGUAGCCUCUUCUUCCGGAAGUUCUUCUGCGGACCUGACCCCCUUUCUCCCCCUACAGGGAGCCCGAGGGGCUCCGCUGGGGGCGGGGUGGUGAUACCGGUGAACUCGGUGGGUUACGAGGUGUUCCUGUUGGUGCUACAGUUUCUGUACAGCGGGCAGGUGACCAUCGCGCCGCAGAAGCAUGAACCCCGCCCCGACUGUGGUGAUAGGGGCUGCUGGCACACCCAUUGCUCCUCCGCCGUCGAUCUCGCCCUCGACACCCUCUCAGCAGCCCGGUCCUUUGGCAUCGAGCAGCUCGCUCUCCUCAGUCAGAAACAAUUGGCAAGCAUGGUGGACAAGGCUUCUAUUGAGGAUGUGAUGAAAGUGCUAAUAGCGUCAAGAAAGCAGGACAUGCACCAAUUAUGGACUACCUGCUCCCACUUAGUCGCAAAGUCGGGUUUGCCCCCCGAAGUCCUUGCCAAGCACCUCCCGAUCGAAGUGGUGACGAAAAUUGAGGAGCUCCGUCUUAAAUCCUCGAUUGCAAGGAGGUCGACCCUCCUGCCACAUCACCAUCAUGGCCAUGGACACCACGAUCUUGGAUCAGCUGUUGCUGCCGCUGCAGCCGAUCUCGAGGACCAAAAGAUACAGCGGAUGAGGAGGGCGCUGGACUCGUCUGACGUUGAGCUUGUCAAGCUCAUGGUGAUGGGCGAAGGACUUAAUUUGGAUGAAUCAUUAGCCCUACAUUAUGCAGUCGAGAAUUGUAGCCGGGAAGUGGUUAAGGCCUUGCUAGAGCUCGGGGCUGCUGAUGUGAACUACCCAGCAGGCCCUGCGGGGAAGACCCCGCUCCACAUUGCUGCAGAGAUGGUGUCUACCGAUAUGGUGGCGGUCCUUCUCGACCAUCACGCCAACCCCAACGUCCGAACUGUGGAUGGUAUAACCCCCCUCGAUGUCCUCCGAACCCUAACCUCUGAUUUCUUAUUCAAGGGGGCCGUUCCCGGAUUGAACCACAUUGAGCCCAACAAGCUCCGCCUAUGCCUUGAGCUUGUCCAGUCGGCUGCCCUAGUGAUAUCUCGAGAAGAAGGGAAUGCUGCCGCUUCAGCCACCACCACGGCCGUAUCCAUCUACCCACCAAUGAGCGAUGGGCAUAGCAGUGGCAGUACUAAUCUCAACCUUAACUCAAGAUCGACGGUGUAUCUGAAUCUCGGGGCUCAUCAUGUGGGAUCUAGGAUCGAUCGCGACGAUGAAGGUACUAGGGUGCAGAGGGAAUCCUCGAUGAGCCGACACGGGUCUCAUCAAAGCAGGUGCGACCCUUCAUUGUACCACCAACACCACCACCAUCAACCCCAUGACUUCUAGCUCAGGUCUUGCGAAAUCGAAUUGCUACAAACUAUAUCGGCACGGGUGCAUGGUAAUCAUAGACGUUAAGGAAGAGUUGCACUUGCACUUAAACUCAUUAACUCAGAGAUCCUUGGAUCAUAUUUCUUCUUAAUUAAUUAAUUUCCUCCAAUAUUUGUCUAAUUGGCUUCUCCUCUCUUUUUUUUCUCCUCAAAAAAGAAAUAUUAAGAUAUAUAUAUAUAUAUAUAUUAAUUACCUUAAUUGAUUCAGUGGUUCAACAUUCACGAAUAUGGACCCAAUGGCACUGUAAAGUAUCGAACAAGAAUAUUAUUUUUUUCGACCCUACUCGACUGGAUUAGUCGGGGCCUAAUUGAAUCUCCGGAUAUCAUGGUACACACCGAAAAAAAAA